AUGUCGUCCAGCCCGCAGGAACAGAACCGGGAGCAGAAAGAGGAGCAGAAAGAGGAACAGAAAGAGGAGCAUAAAGAGGAACAGAAAGGGGAUUUGAAGGAAGAGGAGGUGAAGAAAGACGUGAAGCCGGAGGACAAACAGAAUCAAAAUGAGGAGAGGAAAACAGAGAAGUGGGAGGAAAACAAGAAAGAAGAGCCGAAGGAAUCCUGGAAGGAUUGUAUCUACAACCCAAGGACCGGAGAGUUUAUGGGCCGGACUGCCAGCAGCUGGGGUCUGAUCCUCCUCUUCUACCUCGUCUUCUAUGGGUUUUUGGCGGGAAUGUUUUGUCUCACCAUGUGGGUGAUGUUACAGACUCUGGACGACAAUGUCCCGCGCUACCAGGACCGGGUGGCCAAUCCAGGUUUGGUGAUUCGUCCGCACGCCGCUGAAAUCUCCUUCAACCGCAGUGACCCGACAAACUACAACCAGUACGUCCAAAACCUGCACGACCUCCUGCAGCGUUACAACGACAGCAUUCAGGAGCGUAACGACUUGUGUAUGGUGGGUGAAUACACUGAACAGGACAAUGAGCCAAUCAAGAAGGUUUGUCAGUUUAAACGCAGUAUGCUGCGUCAGUGCUCCGGUCUGCACGACUCGAGCUUUGGAUUCGCCGAGGGGAAACCGUGCAUCAUCAUCAAGAUGAACCGGGUCAUCGGACUGAAACCACAAGGAGACCCCUACAUCAACUGUACUGCCAAGAGAGCCAGUCCGUUACAGAUGCAGUACUACCCGUCAGAAGCUCGUCUGGAUAAAAUGUUUUUCCCGUAUUACGGAAAGAAAGCUCAUGCUGACUACGUGCAGCCCCUGGUUGCAGUGCAGUUGUUGCUCUCCAGAGAAGACCUGAACGUGGAGCAGACGGUGGAGUGUAAACUCGAGGGAACCAACCUGCGUAACGACGACGACCGAGACAAGUUUAUGGGUCGCGUUGUUUUCCGGGUCAAAGUGGCGGAGUAACCACAUCUGCCAGUUGUCAUGGAUACCACAAACUGUGUUGAAAGUGGAAAUAAAUGUCCGGUUCAGGACACUCUGUAUUUCAGACCUGAUCUGAUCCUGGAUGUCUGGAUGUGGUCUUGCUGAGUCUGGUUUCAGCCGUUCGGACGGACGGAUCAGGUCAGGUCUGUGUGAAGCAUGUGAGCCAGGUGCACACCCGCGUGUUGUUUUUAAAUUUAAAUGUUUAAUAGUGAUGUACAAGGAUCCCAGCAGUCUGUAAUGGAGCAGCACAAACACACUUCACUGUAAUGAGAUUACUCUUCUUCCAUCCUGAAACAAGAGAAAGACAAAAUGCCUUCACAGUUUUUAUAAUUCUGCAUUGAGGAUGACAUUUCUAACUUUUUUUAACAAUAACAUUUUCAAGUUCAAAAAGAGAAAACUGAUUCUCUGAUUGUUCAACAUGUAAACGUUUCAGCAGUUUGCAGGAUUUGUAUUUAAGUAAACAUUGACACAAUCAGUUCAAUGUAGCAGUAGGAUGGAAAGGCAGUAAUCUGAUUACUGACGGCCAGUAUAAUAAUAAUAAUACUAUUUCAGUUCAUGCAGACCACUGCCAGAAAGAUUUGAGUAACAAACUUAUCAAAGACAGAUUCAUAACUGCAGAAAGCUACAAAUGUUCUACUUGUAGUUUUCCUGUUUAAUGUUUGAGUUGUCUCAGUAUAACACUAACUGGAGCACAGACAAUAAUCUUGUUGAAUUAUUAAUUAUAUAUACAAUUAUAAUAAAUACUUUUGAUAAAACAGGUCCUCUAGAGGAUGAACAUUGCACUGCGAUAUAGGACGCUGCCUCGGCGCUCCGCCUGCUGGGACUUUCACCCCUGUCUUUUAAAAUAUACUUUAUGAAUAUAUUGAGGUCUCCCAAUGUGUUUACAACCUACUGUUGCACAGAUGUUUUUAAAUGUUUUGAGUGUUUUUAAAGACUACUGUUGUGUGAUUAUUAAUGAGUUUAUCAGCACAGAUCCAAUCAGCUUCAUGUGUGUUAAGAUCGUUAAGUUAUUUCUAUCCUCGUCUGAAACAGAUUGAUGUAUAGUUUCAUUAUUUAUGUUUCUGUCGACUGAAGGAACGACAGGAAACAAGACUAUAAUGAUCUACUCUGCUGCAAAUAAAACACAAAGACUCUGACAUGUCAAUCAUUUAAAAA